AAGAGUUGGGGUUCAAAAUCUCUCUCCCUUCAAAUUGAUUCAAUUCAACCAUAUCAAAGAGAGAGAGAGAGAGAUGACUGAGUUGCAAAGGUCAGUAACAUCAUUCAGAAGACAAGGGUCUUCGGGAUUGGUGUGGGAUGACAAAUUCAUCGCUGGGAUUGAGAAUGAAAACAAACAAGAGAGUGGUGAUGGAUCAAGAGCCACGUUGCAGCGACCUUAUCGGACGGUCAACGUUGCACCACAAGCCAUGGACCCUCCUUCUCCCAAGCUAGCAACUUGUGGCUUCUGUGCUCUCUUUCGGAAACCAGUUUCUGCCAAACCCACCAAAUCUAAAAGACGUACUAGGUGAUGAUCAUAUUUCUUUCUUAUUUUCUCCAACUUGUAAAUUAGUGCCGCUUCUUGUUUGUCUCUGUUUUAAUUUUGUGGUUUUGGAUUAUUUGUAAAUUCCUUAGACAUGUGAUAUGUAUCUCGGUAUGUAAUAAUUAAGCAUACUCGAAUUACACCUAAACAGGGUUGGAGAUUCUACACUACAACAUAAUCCCAAUGGUUAAUUUUAAAAACGUACUUUCUAUGGCAUGUGAUGAUAAUCUUUUCUAAAUUUCAGUA